UGAACUUUUUAUCAGAGCAAAAAUGGUGGCUCCUCUUCCAAUUAAACACUGGAUAAGAUUAAAAACUAUAGGGGAAGGCUCUUAUGGAUCCGUGAGUUUGGCUCGAAAUCUCGAAGACGGCAGAUUGUUUGCAGUGAAGUCUGCAACCUCCAAGAAUGAAGAGUCUCUGGAAUGUCUAGAGAGAGAAAUUAACAUUCUCAAAAAACUAGAUUCGCGUUUUGUUAUAAGAUAUCUUGGCCAAGGCAGAGACGGAGAAGGAAAGGUGAACUUAUUCAUGGAGUAUAUGGAGGGGGGAAACUUGUCUUCACUUUCGAUGAGAAGCAACGGGUUGCCGGAAAUGGCCAUUAAAAUUUACACAGCCUCCAUUCUGAGAGGUCUGGAAUACCUUCACGAAAACGGAAUUAUUCAUUGUGACGUUAAAGGAAAUAAUGUCCUCUUUGGGUUAUUAGGCGAAGUCAAACUCGCCGAUUUUGGCGCAGCAAAGAUGGUUUCGAGGGAGUUUCCUGCUAUUCACGCUGGUACUUUGAGGUGGAUGGCGCCUGAAAUUUUUAAAAAGAGGGAACAGGGCACAGCAUCUGACAUAUGGUCUCUUGGUUGUACAGUUGUGGAGAUGGCCACAGGGAUUUUGCCGGAAUUAUCGGAAAACUUCACUGGAAUUUCAGAUUCCGGUGUUGAUUUUCUUGAAAAGUGUUUCAGGCUAGAGCCCUCGCAAAGGUGGACCGCUUCUCAGUUGCUUCACCACCCCUUUUUGGCUUCUGCAUCCUCCAACCAAAUCCUUUUUUCUCCAAGGACUGUCCUCAGCGAAUCAUCGGAAUUUUAUUUUCCAGACGACUUUUGGUUGCGGGUUUUGAGGAAGAACAAACAAUUGACACCCUAAAAAGUCACAGAGCUAUGGAAACAAAACAGAUGAUCAAAACCCUAACAAGUUGAGAGGUGGGAAAGCAAAAGACUGGAUAACAGUAAGGUCUUCAAUGGCGGGAGAACUUCUUUGCCCCUAAGUUUCAGCCACGAAAUUUCGGACGACGGUCCAAAUAUUUCGGAGUUUGCGGUGACGGCAAUUUUCCUGAAUGCAACAAUUUUCUGUUUGGCAGGGGUUUUUAUUCAUAAACAGAGCCCUUAUGUCAAAUUCAUAUGUCCAUUGUAUUGUGGCAUUAGACAUUUAU